CCAGUAUCCAGUUCGCUAUCUCCGCCUUCUUCAACAUCGGCGGCAAAGGCGAGCCCUCCGCCAGUUGCAUCUGCAGAUGAUGCAACACCUGAAUGGGCAUCAGAAUUCGCGGAGAGCAUGGAAUCCUUCAUGCGUGAGAUAACCGCAGAGUUCGAGGCGGGCAAGGCUGGUGAGGUCGGUGCCGAUACUGAAGGACUGGGUUCGGGGUUAGGUGGCUUGGGAAUGGGAUCAGGUGAUCCACCAAAGGACGAAACGCCAGAACAGAAAGCUGAACGCUUGAAGCGCGAGGAGUCAUUUGCGGCUGCUUGGGAAGCAAUGCUCGUCGAAGGAAUGAACGGGCUUGGAGUUGAGGAAGGGAAUAAGGGUGCAACAGCGCCUAGCGCGAAGGCAUCAUCUAGCGGCUCAAUACCUAAACCUGUCCCACCUCCUGCAGAUGAUUACCAAGCACGUAUCCGGGCCACGAUGAAUAAACUCAAAGAAAGCGAGUCAACGCUAAAUCAAUCGCAAAAUCAAGCGUCGUCAGAUCCACUCGAAGCGCUCCUUGCUCAAUUGGGUCAAGGUGGCCUGGAGGGAUUAGGAGAAGGAGAAGGUGGAGAGGAGCAACUUCAAGGCAUGCUAGAAACCAUGAUGGGUCAGCUGAUGAGCAAAGAUGUGCUCUACGAGCCUCUGAAAGAGCUUUCAGAUAAGUUCCCUGCUUAUCUCACCAAAAACGCCGCAACCCUGUCGGCCUCCGAUAAAUCUCGCUACGAAGCACAAGUCUCCUGUAUUGAACGUUUGCUCGUCAUAUUCGACGCCCCUGGUUACAAAGAUGACAACAAAGAAAAGAAGGAGGAAGUGCUACAUGCUAUGAGCGAGCUUCAAUCGCACGGCUCGCCACCCGAGGAUCUCAUGGGUCCUCUUCCGCCUGGAUUCAGUAUGGGGGCAGAUGGAUUACCGAACAUGGGCGCCGGUGGGGAUUGUGUCAUUUGCUAAAGCUGAAAAUAUCGUCGUUUGAGUUGCUGCCAGUCGAGAGUAUGCGUUUAGCUAACUGAAUCAAUGUCAUGUCCCAAAUGACAACAAGAACACCCCGAGAGUCUACAACUAUUAUUCUUAUUUACUUGUGACAGAAGAUCGCAACUAGCUAGUAUACCUUACUAUAAAUGCAUUACAGUAGCACGAGUACUGAAUUGCCGGUGU